CUCUCAGUCGAUGGUUCAGGGUGGACGGGGAGUUGUAUGUCCUCGUAGAUCGGGGGCUAGUGCCGUUUGCCGUGGACAGAAUUAGAUGAAACUCGGUAGUUAGAUUAAGGCAAAGCUUGUUUAUGUCCUCCGUGAAAUUCACGGCGAUACAUCUAUUCUUCCAGGUUUUGGGAGCCGCUGAAUGAGGGGAUCACGACCGGAGGAACGAACCGACGGUUCGACCCGGUAUCGCCUUUACUCGGUUGGUUCGGUUUGCAGGCCCCACAAACCCGCUGCACCAAAACUCCUUUUUGUGUGUUCCACAUAUUCCCGUCUCGGGCCACAGCAUGCUCAGGUUCCUCACACAGAAACUCAGACCACUAUCCAUCAACGAGGUGCAGCCGCUAGAAUCUUCGGGAGAACUAGAAGAUCAAGGCUACAGUAGCACGGAUUCAGAGAGUGACAACGUUGAACUGGAGGGACUAGAGAGGGGGAGGCAACAUGAGAGAAAUGAUACCGUCAGGGAAAGCCCCAAGUUGGAGGCUAGAGUGUCGAACCCCCAGCCCUCCCCAAACCAAGAGAACACACAGGCUUGUCCAGGGCCUUCUCCAAUCGGGACAGACUUACUCAGGGAUCGGAGAACAGAAGCCGGCGAAUUCAUGGCCGUGGAUCGACACAGCUCUGAGGAAGAACUGGAGCACAUUAUCAGAGAGAAGGAAAAUAUGGGAGAGAAGAGAAAGUGGUCACAGGUGAACCGAUGGAGUCUCAGCGGAGAUAGCUCAGGGUCUAGUGAUGAUGAAGUCAAGGACUUGAUGUGUGGGAAGGUCUCGUCUCCAGUUGUGUUUACGUCUUCCCCACCCAAGCGGCAUGUACAGAAAGUUUACCCCGCACAAGGCGAGAGGUCCCAGCUCUUCAUCGCCCGGGUGAGAACAGUGGACGGCUGUGCCAGUCCCAGAAAGAGACAUCGACAAGCCUUCAGCGAGGCGCAAAUUCACGCCAUCACAGACAGGCCCAGUUUGGACUUUGAGAAAAUGCAGCAGCAGAUGCUCAUCAAGAAACCGUGCACACAUGGAGUUCGGUCAAGAAUAGUCAAGAUUAGGACCAUCUCCAACAGAACACCACCAAGAAUCCUGUGUGAUCCUUCCGUCUUCUCCUUUCGGCCUCUGACAACCCUGAACCCGCUGACACCAGUGGAGGAGCCAACUCCCACCUGUGCAUUCUAGAUGGACCUCACAAGGUGGCCUGAUGCAUCAUGGUUCCAGGAGCAGUCAUGGUAUUGGGUAUGCUGUCAACGCUAACAACCAACCCAGAUUUGCCAUCACAAGUCUGGUGCUGUAAGAUGUUUAGGGCUGAUGGCAGCAAUAUUCCUGGUCCGUGAAGAUGUGUUUGAUCUCAGGUGACCCUAUCUGGGGUGUGCUUUGGGGACAGCCUUGUGUUUCAUGGCUGUCUGGAUGAGCAAGCCUUUCAGUGACAACAUUAUAUCCUGAUUACAUUCUGACCAAUGUUUUUUCCUAAUUCUUUUUGGUAGCAUGGUUGCCGCUAAUUGCCACUGGCACACUAUUGCUUUCAUUACUUUCAGCCAAACAUACUGUUGAUAGACAUUAGCACAAGAAAUCCAUCUUGGCAGUCAUAGCUUGAAAUCUACUACAAGAACAACAAGACGUUUUUUCUUUUGUUGACCAAAACUCUGAUCCAACAUUGCAACAAUGCUGAGUGAAAUGUACAUGGCUGUAUAAGAUGUAUGACUACUUGUAUGUUGGCAGUAGUACCAGGAAAUUUGUUGUGCAUUGCUUCUGAAUUUUUCUGUCGAUACAGAUGUAACUACCACAUAGGAGAACAGCAUGCUUGACGUAUUUAAUUUUUGAUGAUCGACUUGAUACAAUUGUAUGGGAGAUAUUUCCUCUUUGUCUGUAGGAUACCUAUGUAGGCUACACAAAGACUAGUACAUGUACCUCGAUGUAAGAUUUCUACCAUGUUUUUCUAAAAUGUAAAUCAACUUUCGCUAUUCCUCAUGUACCUCACCUGUGAAGGAAGUGUGUUUGUCAAGUGAAACCAUGUGUUUUUACGUGAAAGACAAAAAUCCCAGUUUGUGACAUGUUUACAUUCCCAAUGUUUUCUGAUCCUUGUGACUCAUCUAUUGUAGAAAGUUGUGUGUUGUCUUCUCUGAUGUAACAUAAUUCUGAUGCUGAGCAUGUUUUCUAUGUGUGUUGGUUUGACUGUACUAUUGCUUGAUUCAAGUUUCAACUUUGUUAUUAGUACUUAGGAAGAAAUAGGAAGUAUUAUAUGUAUGUGUAACACAUACAGGUCAGAUGUUAUUGUAGAUGGUGUGACUUUGACACAUGUAUGCCUUGAUGAGUAGUAGAUGUCAAUAUUAUACUGUAGUGUUGAUUGUACUUUCUACAGUUUCUACAAAGGAUAGAGAGAAGAAAAAACUGUACAGGAUAUGUCAAAGCUGAGAGCAUGGUGAAAGACUUGUAUAUUUUUAUGGACAGCACAAGGAGAAGGCUUGUAGGCAACCUUUGUAUAUCUCUGACCUGUUCCUGUUCAGGAGACAGUAGCAGGACACCUGCAGCCCCCACUUCUGAGUGAUGCCCUCUCAGCACCAUUGACAUUUACUUAUUGUGGAACAGUCCACUUUAUUGCACAGGGAGGAAUGGGGUCCUUGGGAACAACAAAUCAGAAAAAAAUACCUCAUAAAACUCCUCAUGGCCUGUCCUGAUGUACUUAGAGGAGAAAAGACUUUGAUUGCUGCUGUCUGAACGAAGGAGGUUUUACCUGUGGUCACAUGAUUGUCCACACCAUGCCAAUACAGACAAACCUACCAGAUUCAGUUUUUUUAGUAAGAUCAUAAGGAGCCUUCACAGUUCAGGUGGGGAGGGAGCCAUUGAAUUCUAGUUCCUGUCUGUCCUUCUUACCAUGGCCCCUAAUAAUGACUCCAGUGCUAUUCUCAUCAGAGUGGGAAAGUUUAUGGAGUUUUAAGAAGUUAAUUUUACAACAUCCACAUGUGAAAGAUGUUCUGUUGUGUUUCUGUCAAAGUUGCUUGAUGAUCAAUUCUCCAGAAUUGAGAGUGGUUUCCUAUCAUGGCCUCUCCCCGCAUGAUAUGAAUGGCUUUCCUUAUGUUUGUGUCAUUUUUUAGAUGCACAUUCCUUGAACUGCACAGUUGUUAACUUAAAAGAUGUUCCAUUGUUCACAUUUAGUAUCAAAUGUUACAGAGCUUGAUGUGAAGAAUAGCAUAUACAUGUAGCUUUAUGCAUUGCCUCAUGCAUACCAUGUAUUAUAGGUUUGAAUAUACAGUAUUGUAUUCAGUCACCAUUUAUAUACAUUGCGCAUAACAGCCCAACUUUAAUUACCAGCUCAUGAAUACUAUUUGACAGACCAGGCAAAAACAAUGUGCUCUGUAAAAUGAUUGUGGCUUUUGUCAUAAUUUCAUUCAAAACUAAUGAACUGAUAGUGAGCCAAGAUGUAUUUAGGCAUGGACAGUGAAAACCUUGUCACUAACAGGUAUAUGUUGUUGAAAUAACCAAACAGGAUGUGUGUGUGAAGGUGUGUUUGUGUGUGAAGGUGUGUUUGUGGAAGAAUGAUGGGACACAUAGGAUAUAUUCAAUUGUAGGAUAUAUUCAAUUGGUUUUGUAUUUACUGCAUGAGCCUUUAGAUUCUGAUAUGUUGCACCACGUAAUGAACUAGAUGUCUUCUACUUUGAUUUACAGUGUUUUGUACAGAUGAUAGUGUUAAGGAAGACAUAACAAGUUGUUGAACAUUACACUGUUGGUUGGCACAUGUGAUUUGUAAUUAUGUAUUUUCCAUUGUGCUACCUGACUGAUUUGAGGGAAUAUUACAUUUAGGGUGCACAGUGCUGUGUAUGUGAUAGACUUGUAGGCAGUGUUUACAGGUCUUCUUGAGCUAGUGGAAGCAUGACCCGAUGAGCUAUUUUGUACAUAGGUUUGUAAGAGUCCUCUGAAAGACAGACAGAUAGACAGACAGCAGCAGUACGUGUGGAAGACGUGUGGCAUCAGGAGGGGAGGUUUGAUUUAAAGUAUAUAUAUCUAUAUUUCUGAUAACAUUUUAUACCUUAGCUGGUAGUGCGUUGGACUGAUAUUGACCUUCCCACAUCAUUAUUUUUGAAGCGUCAGUUGGCUGUGAUCAAUAAACAAAAAGAGUAAAAA